AUGGCGAAUUUUACCGCGACUUCCGAAGAGUUUACCACUUUCUUCGAAGAAAUGGUGGAAGAAAAUACGACCACGGCUGAGAUGGAGGUCGUCGCCGUUGUACCGAGAGCGCCACGGCCUCCCGAUUACCAGGGCCUCGUUUUCGGAACGAGCCUCGUCAUCCUCAUCAUCCUCAUGAACGCGAUAAGCCUCAUCGCUUUCACCAUCGAGAAGCGCCUUCGAACGUACAACAAUUACUUCAUCAUCAACCUCACCAUCGCCGAUCUCGCCCUGGGGAUCAAUCAGACCGUGGGCAUCGCCCAUACAUUUCUCGCAUAUUUUCCUUUCGACCGAGACAUCUGCAGAUUCUAUCUCGGUUUCCGUCACGCGUUGUUCUCCGUCUCCGUGGUCGGCGUGGUCGUCAUCUGCAUCGAUCGACAUCGCGCGACAUAUGACCCUAUCAACCACUUUAUAUCACGCAGCAAGCGCAAAGCCACGAUCAUGAACGCACUGACUUGGCUCAUCUCUUUCGGGUUCUGGAUGCCCUACACCGUCGGCUGGGACUUUGCGGUCGACCAUGACAACGGCCGUCACUGCGUGGGCGCGUUCUCGAGAUCGACCGUCGGGAACAUCGCGCAGAAUAUCUUCUCUUUCUUCGUCCCCCUCGUGCUCAUCUCCGUCCUCUACUUGCGAAUCUUUCAUAAGAUCAAGGAGACAGUGGGCGGUAAGAGUGUCAACAGCCAUUUCGAUGAACCGAAGGUGAAGGGAAAGCUUGGGAAAGAGUCACCUUCUCUCUCUUCGAGUAUGACAACGGUCGCUGGCGAUCUGUCAUCUGGUGGGACGAUGGAGAUGAAGAUUCCGGCUCCCCAAGUAACUUCUGUCGGUAAAAUCGUAAAGAUCGACGCAAAAGAACACAACACCAACCGCGAGUCGUCAAACGAGAUGCAGAAAGCUACCCGAACCCUUUCCUACAUUGUCCUAUCUUUCAUCAUCGCCUGGCUACCCAACAACCUCAUAUAUCUCCUCUACGCUAUCGAUGCGAGGUUGAUCGCCACAUCUUUGCUACCAAGACCCCUGCGACAGUUCUUUAACUGGUUGAGGUAUGGCAACAGUUUGCUCAAUCCGAUCUGCUACGCUGUCUCUCAGCCCCUCUUCAGACAUACCAUCUAUAACAUGUUCUGUAGACCACGCAAUUACUGCUAA